AUGUCUGGUCUAUCCGCACCUGGGAGCGGUGCCUAUUCGUCCGACACCAUGUAUGUAGGAGAUGGGACCUGGGAUUCGCAGAGAAACACCUUUUUGCUUCCGAACCUGCAAGGCUUGAAUCUUGCCACGACACAGUACAAUGGCAUGGGCAACCGCUUCAAGACUAUGAAUGGCUACCAUGGCCUCAUCCAAGCGCAUGGCAUCCUGGCAGUCAUUACGUUCCUUUUUGUUGUCCCUGCAGCUAUCUUCCUCGCUCGAUUCUAUCACCGGAACCCGCGCAUGGCGCUACGCUUGCACAUAUGGCUGCAGAUAGGUACCGUCUUCCUGUCAACCGCACUCUUCAUUCUUGGAUUCCAAGCAGUUGGCCUGAAACGAUCUCUUACGAAUCCUCACCACGGAAUCGGUGUCGCCCUAUACACUCUUAUUCUAGUACAAGCACUCGGAGGAUGUGUGAUUCACAGACGAGAGAAAGGGAGGGAACGGUAUAAGAUCCCUCUGAAAUUGAUGCUUCAUCAAUGGAUGGGGAGACUGAUCGCGCUACUAGGCAUUGUACAAGUUGCCCUUGGACUGACAUUAUAUGGGUCACCCAAGGUGCUCUUCAUCCUCUACGCGGUUUGGGCGUUCAUCCUCCUGUGUGCAUGGUUUGUUCUCUCAUAUCUGAACCAGCCCGAGAUGGGCUUUGAUGACACAGGCACUUACAUUACGGAAACCACCAUGAGCGGCAGCCGCAGAAGCCAUCGCGGCCACGGGCUGGGUGGGUUAGCAACAGCUGGGGCCGCAGGUGCAGGUUUAGCUGCAUUAAGAAACCGUUCCCGCAGUCGAAGUAGUCGCAGAAAGCCGAGCGGCAGAAGAACAGUUGUCAGUUCGCACGCUAGCUCGUAUUAUGACGAGUCGCGCGUGGACGAAAAAUACACUGAGGUUGGGCGGAAUAAACGCACCUGGCGAGACCGACUAUUGGGUGCUGGUGCGGCAGCGGGCGGUAUUUUUGCGAUCAAAUCCCUCUUCGGUAAAAAGAAAGUUGAACCGUCCGAAACGACAAGCAGUGUCAGCUACAGCCGGCCGCCUAUAGGUCAGUCUGAGGUUACGCAGACUGAUUUGAGUCGGCUUGAAGAAGGAAGAGCCCCGGCUUCGCCAGGUCGCGACCACUGGCGUCGCGUAGAAGAAAGAGAAGCUGCUCAAGCCGCCGCUAUGGGGGCGAGCCCUUUGCGCCAAAAUCAUCGGGCCACUCGAAGCGGUGCCUCGAUCGAAUCUUUUGACAGCCGGACCAGCUUCAGUGGGGAACUCGAGAGACCCAAAGAAUCUCACGGACUUCGAGAUGGAAUAGCCGCCCUCGGGUUUGCUGGGUUCCUUAAGCACCAGUGGAGUAAGAGGAGGAACAAGAAGGAAGACGAGCAUGUCGCAGCUGUAAAACAUCAAGAUAUGGAAGAAGAGCGCAUAGCUCGGGCAAACAGCCAACGACGAAAGUACACUGGGGAUGGGUUACCCGGAAGAAACCGACCGCCGUCCACCAUCUUUUCCGAGAGUGACAUCUCAGGGACAACUCCUGGCUUGUCACGACACGAUUUGCAUCCACCGAGAAGCACGACGCACUUGACGCAGACAGAGACGGUCGCAGGACUAUCAACAGCGCCAGCAGGCCCUCCCCCGAUGGACCCUCAUGGUGUUCUUUCUGAUUCCGGAUCCGAAGCAUAUACAUCAGCAGGCGGCCGCAAGCAUCGAAAACAUCAUACUGGAAGCGCCGCAGCUCUUGGUGCAGCGGCUGGCGCCUCGUCGGAUAAAAGAGAUGCCAGCCAGCGCCGAGGCAGUCGUGACGGCAGUGUCAACUCUCCGCCUGUGUCUGUCAAGGUGAAGAUGCACAAUGAUGGAAGACAUGUGACUUUGAGAAGGCUUAACGAGGAAGAAGCUGCGGCAGAGCGUGAAGCGCGGAAAAAGGAUCGCAGGCGUCGGGACGGCAGCAUGAGCUCGUUGAGCAAUCUGGAGAACAACGAACGCUGGCGGCGUACGGCAGCAAUGGAAGCCGCUCAGGCGCAAGAAAUGGCACAACAGUCUGGCGGUCCGAUACCCAUGCCUGAGCCGGUGAUCCCUCCGCCACCGCCUGGGCCACCUCCCAUGGGAACGACGGCAGGUCACACGACAGCCGGGCACCAAGGUGCUUUCCCUCCUCCGCCGCCCAUCCCAGGAGCGGGUGAAAGUGUUAUGAGCAGUCCGCCGGGCACGCAGGUGUAUGGCACAGAGACAGACGUUAGCGCUUAUGAUUCAAACCGAAGGAGGCGGAGAGCAGAGCGGGCCCAGGCGAAGCAGGCGAGGUUGGGUGGAAGUCGCGUUGAGUUCUCAUAA